UGUUGGUAGUCUAAACAUGUUUAUACAGGUUUUAACAGAUAAAACUGGAUAAAACGUAAGCAUUGAAAAAAAAGCGUGUCUGCCUUGUCUGUGGACUGUGACCACGUAAAAAUUUCACUACUAUGGCGGAUUUUUGAGUACUAGAGAGAGGUGUACGCGAGACCUUGAAUUAAUUUACUAUUUUUUUUUUUUUUUUUUUUUUCUAAUAUCCCUCAGUUUUUUAAGAAACACUGGAUCCCUUUCAUAUAAUUUUUUAUUUUAUUUUUUUUAUCUUCUCAUUGUAGAAAUAAAAAAAGCAAAAAAAUUUCAAUAGUGUGUAUGUAUGUAUAUAGUGUUAGUGAGAAUGGCGUUAGUGUGAACCAAGCGUGAAUAUUAUAUUUUUAAUAUAUAUAUAAAUUCAUUCAUUAUUAUUAUUUAAUUAAAUAAAUUUUAAAAAAUUUUAAAAAUACCAAAAUGAGCCUUACAAUAAGUCCAUUAAAACAAGCAAAUGUCUCAUUGAAUCCUGGCGUAUGGAAGCGGAGUAAUUCAUCAUCCGAUGAUGAUAAUCAUCAUGAAAAUGGUAAUAGUUAUAAAAAAACAAGACUUAGCUAUUGUUACAACGUCAUACUCGAAAGUGAAUCAUCACAACCAAGUGAUUUAGACAGUGAUAAUGAAUCAAUUUAUAGUUUGCAGGGUCAAGAAACUGAAUAUGCAAGAGAUACAUCUGAUACAUCAACCAGUCCAGGCACUUGGAUAACAUUAAGUGGUACUAAUUAUCAAUCAAUGGAUUAUGAGCCAGAUUCAGAGUCUGAAUCUGAAGAUGGAAUGCUGAUAACAGCUAGAGAAUAUGAACCAGUUUCUGAAUCUGAUACUGGAAAUGAUGAAAAUCCACUGAUAUUUACAUCGUCAUCAGAAAAUGAGGAAUAUAUUGCUCCAAAUGUAAUAUUUGAAAUAUUUCAGUCUGAUACUGAGUAUGCUGAUAACAGUGAUGACAGUCGAACAUCUUAUGACAGUGAAAUAUCCCAUACAGACUACUGGAAAUGCAUCCAAUGCAAUGCAACUCAAAAUAACCCUUUGUUUCGUUAUUGUGAAAAAUGUUAUAAAUUGAGAAAAAGUUACUUUACACCACGUCCAAAAGCGAAAGGAAAACGCGAUAAAACAGAUAAUAAAAAUAAAAUUAAAAAUGACAAUAAAAAAGAUAAAUCAGAAACAAUUUUAUCACAAGGAUCAACCGUAGAUUCAGGUGUUGCAUCAAAUGCAAGCCAAGAAAGUCAAUCGAGUUCAAUAGGUCCAUAUAAUAAUAUUGAUAAUUCAAUAAAUAAUUUAACUGAAUCAAUGAUAUCAUCACCAUCAUCAUCAUCAUUAUCAAUAUUAAGUUCAUCUGUUAUUAAAAAUGAUGGUGUUGAUAAUGUUGAUAGUGUUGAUACUGUUGAUACUGUUGAUUCAGUUGGUAAUAAUGAAUCAGUUGAUUUUGAUGCUGUUAAAAAUGUUUGUAAAAUGAAAAGAAGUGUUAGUACAUUGAGUGAAGGAUCAAUUAGUGGUCAAUCGGUCAUCAAUUCAUCACAAAAUUCUAAUGAAAAUGACAAAAAUUGUAUGAUAUGUACUGUUGCACCAAGAGAUGGUGCAUUUGCACAUGGUAAAGAUUUACAUAUUUGUUGUUGCUAUAAUUGUGCUAAACUAUCAUGGAAAAAAAGUAGAUAUUGUCCGAUUUGCAAUCGAAAAGUGACGAAUGUAUUGAAAGCUUUUUUUGGCUGAAUAAAUAAAAAAAAAUAAAUAAUGAUUGCAGUUAUUAAAAUAACUGACAAAAUGAUUUGUAUAAUCUUUUUUUUUUUUUUUUUUUUUUUUAAAUAAUUAAUUGGUAUUAGAAAAAAAAAAAAAAAAAAAACAAAUACGUUUCUGAUUUCGAUUUGAACACUUGUUGUUCAACAUUAUUGUGCAAAAAAAAAUAUCGGAUUGUAAAAUAAAUUUAUUAUGUGCUAUAUAUUAUUGAAGGAAAAGAAAGAUAAUUUUUUUUUGUUUUUUUCAAAUUUAAUAAUUUUUUUUUUUUUUUAGACUGUGUUAUUGUUCCUAAUCAAUAAGGAAUGAUUUAUAUUUAAAUAUUAAUAAUUGAUAAUUACAUGUUAUUAUUUAUUUUAGAAAAAAAAAAAAU